UAUACAUGAGCCUCACGUGUUCUCGUAAUUCCUUCCUCUCAGUCUCCCCCAGGCACUGAAAUCAAAAGAUGGAAAACAGAACAAACGAGAAAGCUUCAUCGCUAAGAUGGAAAAUCCUUCGUCAAGCUCUUCUCUCUAACCCUUCUUCUUCUUCUUGUUCUUCUUCAACAAACUCAGACGAACAAUCUCAAACGAGUAUCAAACGCAUUUCAAGAAAAACCAGUCAUGGAUUCAACUUGAUACAAUCUCAUGUAAUCCACGAUGAACGUGGUACUUCAAACAAUUACAAAGAUGCUCGUGUUUGUUACACUUUACCAAUCCCCGAUACUCCUCAACUGUUUUUGAGACAAAGAGUUGACAACCAUGCUGACCUCAAUGAUUUUCAGACAUGUAACAAAUACAACAUUGACAACACUGGGCUUGUCUGUAAUUGGCCAUCAGAAGAUGUUCUUGCUCAUUAUUGUUUGUCACAUAGAGAUAUAUUCAGGUCUAAAAAAGUUAUUGAGCUUGGUUCUGGCUAUGGCUUGGCUGGAUUUGUUAUUGCAGCUAUUACUGAGGCAUCAGAGGUUGUAAUCUCAGAUGGAAAUCCACAAGUAGUUGAUUAUACUCAGCGUAACAUUGAAGCUAACUCUGGAGCAUUUGGGGAUACGGUUGUGAAGUCUAUGAAGCUUCAUUGGAAUCAGGAAGAUACUUCUAGUGUUGCAGAUGCUUUUGAUAUCAUUGUUGCAAGUGAUUGCACUUUCUUCAAAGAUUUCCACAGAGAUCUUGCUCGAAUUGUCAAGCACUUGUUAUCAAAAACAGAAUCUUCCGAGGCUAUAUUUUUAAGUCCAAAAAGAGGAAACUCAUUGGACCUGUUCUUGGAGGUAGCUGAAGAACAUGGCUUGCAUUUCAGUGUAACAGAGAACUAUGACAAAGAAGUCUGGAAGCGUCAUGAGGGGUUCUUGAAUGGCGCAGAUAGGGACCCUUGGCCCAGUUAUGAGACAGGUCACUGCUAUCCACUCUUAAUCAAAAUCACCCUGUAAACUUUCUUCUAGACAUUCUGCCUGGGACCUCCUUUCAUUGGUUGACUGUUCGUAAAGAUAAGUGGAAAUCUAUUCCUCCUCCAACAGAGGAAAUGUCUAGUGCAGACACUUACCAAUUGCACGCUUAUGUAAUUUUUUGUUGGGGUCACAUCUUCAUUAGACAGUACAUUUGUCAUCCAAGAAGGCACAGAUGAAUGUGAAGGGGAUGUGGCAAUUCACGUCAAAAGUGAAGAUUAUAAUAUCUGUCACAAAAGUACCUGAGAUUUUUAAAAACUUUAUUUUAGCCCACUUGGUCUUUAUAACCUGAAAGAAAGGAGAGAAAAAAGAAAAAGUCAUCAAUAGUUCUUCAUGUGGUAUAAAAUAUUAUUACUAGUGAUUAAAAUGCUUUCACAAGUGUGUCAUGAUUAUGAAUUUAUGAUUAAAAAAUGGAAGGUUAGAUGAAUCGUGUUUGGAUUGGUUGUGGUUUUAUUAUUGUGACGGUUUCUUGGAUUAGCUAAUGGUUUCUGCACUGCAACUUUUGACAGAAAAAAGUUCCCCUUAUCUUCAUUUAGGCAUCAUAGUUACAAGGAUAAAGCUUUUAGAAGAGAAGUCCAUUGAGUAAACAAAGCAACUCCACCAAUGGGGUGAAGUUCUACUUGUCAAAAGAUAGCAUUUGGUUCUAUUAAACUAGAAAUUUAUUCAAGUGGAAAAUUGAUGCUUUUUUCUUGUAUCUAAUAGUAAUAGUAAUUAGAUGUGCUUUGUCUUUGCAGUGAGAUUAUGUAUGGACAUGACUUGGGAUUCUUAGUUAUUAAGUAAGCAACUAUUAGUAUUAAUUUUCAUACAAGGUUCUGUUUUGUCGAUUGGACUACUCUGAAUGUCUCAUUGCACCCUUUGUGAAAUUUACUUGCCUUUUUAUUUA